UUUCGGGCAGCAGUGGUUUCGUACACGGUCCGUACGGAACGCUGGAACGGCGAGAGGCGGCCGAGCAUUGUCCAGCGAGGUGCGGCGGCAGCGGCCGGCGGCUGCGCGCUGCGUAUAAAGGCGCGUCGCGGGCAGCGCCGGCCAGUGCAGUCGUCGCCGCUCUCUGCGUGUAGCUGCCUGCUGCUGCUGGCUACUUGCUGCGUUCCGCCCGGGCCACGAUAGAGGUCGAGCCCGGCGUGCCCGCGACACCAGGGGACGGCCCGCCGUCGCCUAGCCUAGCCUCUGCUCUAGCCUAGGCCACGCUGCGGCACCGCACGCGAUGGCCGGCCGCUCACGCCUGCUGCUGCUGCUGGUGGCCGCUCUCGUUGAGGUCUCUGCCCGCCAACUCUACGAGGGCGACCGCUGCCCCGGGGACGGCGUGUGCACGCGGCUGCGCCAUUGCCCCGAGCUGCUGCAGCUGCUCCGCCAGGGCGGGGACCCGCCGCGCUGCGGGUUCGCAGGCUUCGAAGCCGUCGUCUGCUGUCCCAGGCAGCAGCCGCGGGAGCCCGAGCCCGACAGCCGGCUGGCGAGACCCAGCACCGCCGCGUGCCGAAAUUAUCGAGCAAACUUCAAUGAAGUUCCGAAGCUCUUCAUUUUAAAUGGUGAAGAAGUUGUCGAGAAGGAAUUUCCUCAUAUGGCGGCGCUGGGCUACCUGCGGCGGGGCUCGGAUCGGCCGUCGUGGCUGUGCGGCGGCUCCCUCAUCAGCCAGCAGUUUGUGCUGACUGCCGCGCACUGCUGCACCAACAGGGUCUGGAAGUCUCCGUCGGUGGUGCAGCUGGGCAGCACGUGGCUGGGCGAUGCGGUGGCGGCGGAGGGCCGGGUCGCCGUGGAGCGCGCGCUGGUGCACCCGGGCUUCCGGCGGCCCGCCUUCUACCACGACGUGGCGCUGCUGCGGCUGGAGCGCCGGGUGGCCUACGGCGAGAGCGUGCUGCCCGCCUGCCUGCACGCAGACCCGCGCCCGCCCCCGGGGACACUCACCGUCGCCGGCUGGGGCGCCACCGACAGAGCCGGCUUAAAGUCAAGCGCUAAACUGCUUAAGACUGAGAUCAGUAUACUUCCACUCGAGAGGUGUGAGAAGUACUACAAGAGGAAGUUUCCGCAGGGGCUCAACAGCUCCAUCAUCUGCGCGGGCGACCCUGACGGCAAAUCGGACACUUGCGCGGGCGACUCUGGAGGCCCACUGCAGGUGGAUUUCGACGGCCUGUACACCGUGGUGGGGAUCACCAGCCUGGGGCCCAGCCCAUGUGGGGGCAGCGUGCCAGGGGUGUACACCAGCGUGGCGCACUACCUGGACUGGAUAGAGGAGCACGUCUGGGGCCCAGAAGGGAACUCGUAGUGCCAGCCGAACGGCACGCCCUGCACGUUCAUCAACCGGAUGCGCCGUCUGGACUGGACAGCCUGGGGCCGGGGCAGGUGCUCUCAGCGUCAGCCUGACAGCACGGCCAACACAUUCUGCAGCGUCGGACACUACCUGGACUGGAUAGGGGGGCACGUCUGGGGCCCGGGCAGGCACUCGCAGCACCAGCCAGCUGGCACACCCUGCACAUUCAGUAGCGGGAAGCGCUGUCCGGGCUGGUUCUGGGAACACGUCUGUAGGCCGGGCAAGCACUUGUGCAAGGGCAGUGUGGCCUUGUGUGCCGCCACUUCACUAGGUGCACCCAGAACCCUACACCCAGAUUAAACCAAGGAACUAGUCAGAAGAGACCAAACACCUGACGCACAGCAGAGCAUUUGCAUAACUUGAGAAACUAGUGGAAACAAUUACUGUAUUGUCGCUGCUUGUCUGCUUACACACUUCAGAUACAUAUACUGUGGUAUACAGGGUCAAGCAUCGUGAACCAACUGUUCACUUAGUCACAAUGCUGAUUAAGAUUUGGGAGAGUGUAGGACUGAAGUUACGUAUUACGUGCAGGAUAAAAAACACGAAGUGCUCUUAACUGCCAUAACUUUUCCAAGUCAUUUGCUGCCUCACAAAGUUUCUAUUUCUUCUGUGGUGUACUGUAACUCUAUCGUCAAAUAUUUCUUUGGUUUCGUAUCCUAGUUGCUUAAUGUACUGACUGAAUAUCAUCUAGGAUAGGCUAUAACUGUGUCUCACUCCCUUCUCAACCACUGCUGCCCAUUCGAGCUGUGGGGUCUUGCCCACUUGUCACUAAUAGGGUGCCUAUAGCAUGCAGCAUUCUCGGAACGCUGUAAAACAAUUUCAGACAAACAACAUUAGUAGUUUUAUUUCUAGAAAGCAACUGACAAUACUUAACUUUACAGAAUUAUAAAUAGUAUUCGCAAACGAAGGGCGACUUGCAAUAUAAUUUAGAAUCCUUGAUAUGUGAACUGUUCAGCCGACACUUUACACACGUCACUGAUAACUAAUGUCCGCGAUCAGAUGCUGAUGUGAGCCGUCCGAGGCUAGCAGGAGCAGCGUUUAUACGCACCUGUUGCAGGGGACGGGCCUGGAGCGGCGAGGCCCAAUUCUACGCACCAUUCUCCGCCAUUUCCUCACCGACUUCUCCAGUCUUUCGUUCCGACGUUUGCGGUUACGCCAGAACAAGUGCCGCUCGACUCUUGUAACUGCUGCCUGGCUUCUGUACUAGUUGUAUAUAACCUUUUGGUCCUUCUAUUUUACCACUGCUACCUUCAGAAUUUCAAAGAGACAGUAGUAACCUGUUGUUGAUAUCGUAGGCCACAUGAAUAGGUGGCGCAGUGCAGAUGCUAGGUGGCGUGAUUUGUCAUCAAGCAAUACGAUGGAGAUUAUCAAUUCAUACUGUCCACAGAAGUCUCUUUAAGACGAUCGCUUCUAUUUACAUGUGUCCAAUGUGUGUCUCUAUGGUUUUAUUUCAGGUGAUCUCAUUCAUUCAAAGACGCCUCAUUGAUACCUGUAUGCAAUUGCGUGACCCGAGAUGAAAGUAUCUCAAGUCAUAUGGCGUGUAUGUCUGAGACGGUUUUGAUGAAAUUGAGAAUGAAAUAAAAACAUUCUCCAUUACUUCCAUAUUCUCCAAAUGUGAAUAUUAUCGAACCAUUCUGGUUUGAAUUGAGAGAUGUGUUGAAGAGUCCCUUUCUCCUCAUUUAGAAUCUCUUUAGGAAGUGAAACAUGAACAACACAAAGACGCUUUCAGGGGAUGUGGGUUAUCCCUACAGCAAUCUUCAGGGGAUUACCACAGUCUUGUCAAAAGUAUUUGGACACCCCUCGGUAAUGUGGAAUCGACCACUGUGGAUCAGGGGAAUUGGACCCGCCAGUAUAAAAGGAGGUGGGGAGCAGGUGCAUUUGCAUACUGUUACCAUUGCCACAAGUUGGAUGCUGUGAACUAGUCCCACUAUAAUCUUCUUAGAUUAUGCACUGAAAAAGGAAAGACGAAGGCCAGAGUGGAGAGACAGGUGAUGGACUCAUACCUCUAUUUUGUGCUUUGCUUAACACGUAAGCUGUGUUUGUAUCAACUGGGUGUAUUGCAUCAGUUAUAUAGAUCAUAAAGUGAAAAAAAGAUAUUUCCGUUUCGAGGGCUACGUUUGUUCCCAACAUUCAUGAUAUUAUACAGAUUACACUUUUGCUCAAAUCAAUAAAGCCCUGUGUAAGCGAAGAUAGUAUUUUGUGGUGGAGUAGAUAUUUAAUUACUUUAUGGCUUUCAAAAUAUUGCCUAUCUGUAAGGAUAAGAUGCUGAAUAAUUUUGUUCCUGAGGAAAGGACAGAAUCUGUUGGAAUAGCUACUGCAGAAUCAAAAUAAUAAUGCUGAUGCUUUGGCUUUUAUGUAACUCUGCCAGACUGUUAAACAGUAUUGCGUUACUUACUAAGAUUAUCUUAUCAGUUUGACUCUGGUUGGUGCUGUGAGAGACAAAUGUGAUGAUGAGCUCUGUAUCUAGUCAACACACAAUGUUUUCUAAUUGUUCUAAUUGGCUUCAUCUUACUUGAGACAAUUAUUGGUACGAAACAUGCUAUAUGUGAUAUUGUGUGUGUGUGUGUGUGUGUGUGUGUGUAUUUGGUGAGUAUCAGUACAGUUUGUUGAACAUUUUACAAUUUGUGAGAGAGGGAGGGGGGGGGGGGCUUUAGUGGGAAACAGAGAAACGAAACAAGCUCUGACCAGCACACAGACUGCAGCAGAGUAAGAAGUGGUGCGAACAAAUUCCGCCUUCCCAUGAGGGUGCAUUCCAUAUCGAACCUCAGUACGAACGUAUCAGUGAUUCAAGGCAUAAUGGAAUGCUAAACUGUUUCGUGAAGUGCCUAAGUGACGUAUUCCCUUUCAGCAGCAGCAGAACAGAAGAUGCACUUUAGAACUAGCACUUCAUCACAUGUAAUUAAGAAACACUAUGAAAUCGCUCAAAAGUUUCAGAUGAAAGAUGUGUAUUUCAGUUCUACGUUUUUCAUGUAAAAAAAACCUUUUUUUCAGAAUCUAUUCCGAAAGCUUACAAGAUUUCCAAUUUUUAAUCCAAGUGUCUGUUACGUGUUACAAACUUUGGAUAAAUAAAAAAUUUAAGUAACUGAAGUGAAA